GCUGACGAGGCAGAGAAGAGUCUCUCCAGAUCAGAACACCAGAUGGACAACGCUAGCCCUUCCUACCUCCCGGAGUCCCCGUUGCGUGCCUCUCCCGGUAGCAACUUACUGCUGGGUAGGAAGAGGUUGUCUGUGCUGCUGGUGGACUGCAGGAAAACAACAGGGCUGAGUGGAACUUUGAGAGGAGGAGAAGAGAAGAAAGGAUCAGAUUUAACUCAUCAAAGAGGAAAACCAAACUUGAACGAACCAAAGACGUCCAAACCAGCAAGUCAACACCUCUGCUCCCAGAUUGGAAAGAGUUUUACCAAGUCAGGAAGCCUGAAGAUACAUGAGGGAAUACACACAGGGCAGAAGCCCUUCCUUUGCUCCCAGUGUGGGAAGAGUUUUAAGCGGUUAGACACCCUCAAAGCUCAUGAGCGUAUACACACAGGGGAGAAGCCUUUCCAUUGCUCCCAGUGUGAGAAGAGUUUUAAGCGGUUAGACACCCUCAAAGCUCAUGAGUGUAUACACACAGGGGAGAAGCCUUACAAAUGCUCAGACUGUGGGAUGGCAUUUUACUCAUCACACUCACUUAAAAGUCACGUGAGAAUUCACACAGGGGAGAAGCCUUUCCAUUGCUCUCAGUGUGAGAAGAGUUUUAAGCGGUUAGACACCCUCAAAGCUCAUGAGCGUAUACACACAGGGGAGAAGCCUUUCCAUUGCUCUCAGUGUGAGAAGAGUUUUAAGCGGUUAGACACCCUCAAAGCUCAUGAGCGUAUACACACAGGGGAGAAGCCUUUCCAUUGCUCCCAGUGUGAGAAUAGUUUUAAGCGGUUAGACGCCCUCAAAGCUCAUGAGCGUAUACACACAGGGGAGAAGCCUUACAAAUGCUCAGACUGUGGGAAGAUAUAUUACUCAUCACACUCACUUAAAAGUCAUAUGAGAAUUCACACAGGGGAGAAGCCUUACCUCUGCUCCCUAUGUGGAAAGAGUUUUAGUCACUUUGGAAACAUGAAAGCUCAUGAGCGAAUACACACAGGGGAGAAGCCUUACCACUGCUCCCAGUGUGGAAAGAGUUUUAACUAUUCAGGAAACCUAAAAGAGCACAUGAGACUGCACACAGGGGAGAAGCCUUACAAAUGCUCAGACUGUGGGAAGACCUAUUACUCUUCACAGUCACUUAAAAUUCAUGUGAGAAUCCACACAGGGGAGAAGCCUUACCACUGCUCCCAGUGUGGAAAUAGUUUUAGUCACUUAGGAACCCUGAAAGUUCACCAGCGACUACACACAGGGGAGAAGCCUUACCACUGCUCCCAGUGUGGAAAGAGUUUUGGCCAAGUAGGAACCCUGAAAGCUCAUGAGCGAAUACACACAGGAGAGAAGCCUUACCACUGCUCCCAGUGUGGAAAGCGUUUUAACCAUUCGGGAAAGCUGAAAAAGCACGUGAGAAUUCACACAGGAGAGAAUAAUUACUUCUCCUUGACUUCUUAAAAUGCAUCAGAGAACAUACACAGUGCUCCCAGUGUCUUUAAUUGUUGACUGAGAAGGUGUUUUCUUGUUUAUACCAUAUGAAUUUAAAUUGUACAAUGUAUACAAAAAAAUAUAUUUGUGUGUUUUUAUUAGAAAACAUGAAUUGAAUAUGGAGUACAGUGGUUCGUCCUUUAAAAGUUGCAGUGUACUGCAACACAGCUUGCAUGGUGCCACAGAAUUCUAUGGCAUGUAAUUUACGUGUCAACCACUGUCACCAAUAAUGCUAGUAAGUGCUAGUUUGACCACCAGAGGGCAUCUUUAAUCCAGCCACAGUGUCUGAUUUAAAAAAUGCUUUACAGCGAAAGCUCCACAAACGAUUAUGUUAGGUCGCCACCAACUCACAGAAAAACCCAGCCAUUUUUCCAGCCAAAGAGAGGAGCCACAAAAAGCACAGAUAGAGAUAAAAAUGAAUCACUAACCUUUGAUGAUUUUCAUCAGAUGACACUCAUAGGACUUUAUGUUACACA